CGGCGCAUUUCCUUGAAGAGAGCAAUGCGGAGAGAAGGGAGAGGUCAAGACAAAGUCACUUCUGGCACUGAAAAGAGAUAACAACCCGCUCAUAACGCAGUAAUCUUAUAAUUUAUUUUACUUAUAAUUUGUACUCGUUCUUUUCUGUAUAUUUUUUAUCCACCUGACAAACCUUGUAGGACAACCUCCAUCAACCCGAUUGGAUUAUUUUUCUCAAGAACAAAUGUAGAUCAGAUGCAUGGAAAGAUGAGUAAAAUGUGCUCCUUCGUGUGCAGCGGUGACAGCUGAAUCUUCCACAGAGAGUAGAUCAGAGCGCACUGUGGUUUCUGAGUUCCGCUCAGUACCCGUCAGAGACCGGAUUCCAGCAGUAUCAACCCUCGGCAGCCGGGUGUUUUAUUUUUCCGCUUCUGACAAACCUGUCGUGUGGACAAAAACACGGGAGAGAUCUCACAUGGAAACAGAUGAGAGUUGCGGUGCGCCGGUUUAACUGGAGCAUCACAUCCAUUCUGUCAUUCCUGUCCCAUCUGAUUUGUGGACCGGUGUGGGUUUUACAGGCUGUCACCGGGCGGUUAAGGGGGUCUUUUUUGGUGCAUACUCAGCGGGACCAAACUGAAACGCCUUGUUUCCCUUCACCAUCCUGAAGGACCCUGCUGCGCUAAGAAAAGUGGAUAUGAUUGCUUAUUUGGCUUAAAGACUUGUGUGAUCGGGAGGAUUAUUUAAGUGGCUCUUUUCUGAGGAGAGGUAUUCACCUGGCUCAUCAAGCAAGGGAAGAUAAUAACAGGAGACUCACAGGUUUUUGGAUCGAUUUCCCUUGGCCUUCCAUCUUUUCUGUCCAAUCUCUCACUUUGAUUGCAGUUUAUCUUCAUGUUGAGUCCUAACCCAACACAGCACACAAGAUAAAGUUGCCCUGUUUCCUGGGGAGGAUAAUGGAACGGCUGUGGUUCUCUUUGCUGUUGCUGGCAGCAGCAUGCAGGGGACAGCCGUGUCCAAAACGCUGCAUGUGCCAGAGCCUUUCUCCAUCACUCGCUAUCCUCUGCUCCAAAACAGGCCUGCUCUUUGUUCCUGCUGCCAUUGACCGACGCACAGUGGAGCUACGACUUCAAGAAAACUUCAUAACAGCUGUCCGAAGAAAAGACUUUGCCAACAUGACCAGCUUGUUACAUCUGACACUGUCCAGAAACACCAUCAGUCAGAUCCUUCCUUCAGCAUUCAGUGAUCUACGGCGACUGAGAGCCCUCCAUUUAGACUCUAACAGGUUAACUGUGAUCAAGGAUGACCAUUUCAAAGGUCUGACCAACCUUCGCCAUCUGAUCUUGGCCAAUAACCAGCUCCACUCCAUAUCUCCACAUGCCUUUGAUGACUUUGUGUCAACUCUGGAAGAUCUAGACCUCAGUUACAAUAACCUUGACCAGGUGCCCUGGGACACAAUUGGGCAUCUUACCAAUGUCAAUACCCUGAAUAUGGACCAUAACCUCAUAGAGAAUGUUCCACAGGGAGUAUUUACCAAUCUUCACAAACUGGCCAGGUUGGACAUGACUUCCAACAAGCUGAAGAAAAUUCCACCAGAUCCAUUGUUCCUAAGAAUUCCAGUAUAUGCCAAGUCUAAAGGGUCCCCACUCUCUUCUCUUGUGUUGAGUUUUGGUGGUAACCCACUUCAUUGCAACUGUGAGCUUUUGUGGUUAAGGAGACUGACCAGAGAAGAUGACCUCGAGACAUGUGCCUCCCCUCCAGAUCUCAGCGCCAAGUACUUUUGGACAAUACCUGAAGAGGAAUUUAUUUGUGACCCACCAGUUCUGACUCGAAAGUCACCUCAUACUGUUGCUAUGGAAGGCCAGCCUGCAAGUCUAAAAUGUAAAGCGAAUGGUGACCCAGAGCCUGAGGUCCACUGGAUCAGUCCCGAAGGCCGUCUUAUAUCUAAUGGCUCCAGAACUGUAGUUUUCCCCAAUGGAAGCCUGGAGAUCAACGUUACAUCCCUGAAGGAUUCAGGAAACUUCACCUGCAUUGCCUCAAAUGCUGCAGGUGAAUCAACAGGAAGGGUAGAGUUAAUCGUCACAGUAGUGCCUCAUCUUGCAAACAGCACAAGCCGCAGCAGAGAUCCUUCUUCUGAGCCAGCACCCUCUGAUAUUCUGACCUCUUCUAAAGUUGCAAUGCCAAACAAUGAGACAAGAGGGGCUGACAGGAGGGUAUCAUUGGUGGAGCUGACAGGAAACUCUGCACUCAUUAGAUGGAGCAGCCAAACUCCUACAUCUGGAGUGAGAAUGUUCCAGGUCCAAUAUAACAGCUCCGGGGAUGACACACUGGUUUACAGGAUGAUUCCAUCCACCACCAAUGAUUUUGUUGUCCGGGACCUUGCUGCCGGACGCAGCUACGAUCUCUGUGUACUGGCUGUAUUUGAUGACAUCAUCACAUCACUGACUGCAACACGUCCUUUGGGCUGCCUCUCAUUCACUACAGACACUGAGUUCAGCCAGUGUCAAGCACUGCAUAGUCAUUUCUUGGGUGGCACAAUGAUCAUUAUCAUUGGAGGGAUUAUAGUUGCAUCUGUGCUCGUUUUCAUAAUUAUUUUAAUGAUCCGAUACAAGGUUUACAGUCAUCAAGGCACUGGCCAUGGAAAAGCAACCAUAGCAGCAACAGCGCCAAGGCCACAGAGCAACGGACAAGGAGGCAGCCAGGUCCAAGUGCUCCCUCACUCUGCCUCAAAGAUGACAGACAGUCAGGAUGAACAGGUGUUGUUGCCAUCUAGGGCUAUGUCACCUAACAACACUACAAAAGACACAGUGGCAUUGGUUGAGGAGGAGAGCAGUGGACAGUGCAUCAUGGCAAAGACAGACUCCUUGGCUAAUGAGGAGUUGCUCUCACCAACCAAGACCCGCUUCUCUUCCAGGGUUUCCAUUGAGAUGAAAAUCAGACCGCCAUCUGUCACCAAAGACCCCUCAUCUCCUAAGGAACUAGCAGAACCCUGACACUGUUCUGGCAGAUGUGACAAACAAGGAUCACCAGACAGAAGAAAGUGGUGAAAACCCUCAAGACAAAAAGGCCCUACAGCUCAUCUACCUGCAUCUCCUUUUUCCCUGCAUCGAUUAUUUUCUUCCUAUGAAUAUCAUGGUGUUAUAGACCUAUACAGUCUGAUUUACUUUCAAGUGCUUUUACUGGUACUCUCAUCUGGAAUGGACUACCGGUCAAGGCCUGAUGAUGGUUGGAUCUUCUGAAUCCAGCCAUUUUCCACUUUAAUAUAUCAGUAUCAGUGGGGAAAGUGGAACGCUGGGAGAAGAUCACCUGAAAAACAGCACGGGCAUAUGAAAAACUGCAACAAUAAAAUGGAUAGAAAAUAUAAGGUAACAGUCACUAUGAGGAUCAGCAUUGACAGAGACUGAGUGGAUGGUAGAAAAAGGCAGAAAAGCAAUGGUUCAUCAUAAAAGUGAACAUGGAUUUAAUGGUAAUCACAUUCAAGCAGGCUGUACAUUUUGAAUCUGAUGUUUCAUAUAAACCUAUCCUAACCUAACACAUGGGACAUCUACAGAUGCUGUUCCAUUCUAGUAAUUAAUACUGGAUAAUAUGGUUCUGUAAAAUGUUGAUGAACCAAGUUGUUCCACUGGCCACUGAUCUGGAACUGGAACUGGGACUGGAUCUGUAUCGGGACUGCACCCUGUUGUCUCUUAAUUGGAAUCCAACUUCUGGAAAUUAAAAAGUAAAAACUAACUGAACAAGCUCCCUCUAGGGAAAAUGGGACAUAUCAGGACCCACUGGAGCCUAAACUGGAAAUCUAGGCUGAAUUAAUAUGGGAUGAUCUGUGCUAGACUACAUAGUUUUCAGUCUGCAACUGCUCUACUCCUGUAUGCUCCGCUUAUCACUGGAUGGAAUUGGUAAAGACCUUAAGGACCGUGAUUGACAUCUCUCCAGGACCCUCUAAACAGAUCCAGUCAUCAGAAGGAAAGCCACUUGCUGAGAGCCAAGAAUAACAACUUAAGGAUUCUGAGACAAAAGGCUGAAGUAGCAGGGUUCCGGAUCACAUCAAUCAUUAUUGAUAUAAUAUAUCACAUUAUCAUUACUGAAUAAGUUUACUCUAAAGUCCUUCACUGUAAGACACACAAUGGUUUAAUGUGAAGAAAAAAUGCAGUAUGACUAUAAAUUACCCAACAAUUUGCAUUAUUAACAUCAUCACUGUUGUCACAAUUCGUCAGGAACAGUUCGUCUUCAUUAUCACCUCUGAGUACAUUUAUGUGCACACAGCAUAGGUAAUAACUAGACACACCUCAGUUGUUUUUGAACUCUCAACAGUUUAACCUUUAAAAAUGUAUUUUAAAUAUUGCUUUAAACCAAUCAUCUGUUAUUUUCCAGGCUUCUCUUUUCUACCAGACAAGAAGACAUUACAUUUGUGGCCAUAUCAGAUUUAUACUAAUAUCAUGUGUGCACCUCUUUGCACUAGCUUUUGUUCUGCAGUGUCACCAUAAAUGUUGCCAUAUUGAUGGUUACACAGUUCCCUGCUGAUAUAUGUACAAGGGUCGACCAGGAACUGGAUGGGAACCAUAAAAGCCCACACUAAAACAAGCACAACACAAAAAAGAAUGAAAAACAAAAAAUAUAAGUGCAUAGUCUUCACUUUCCCCUCAUGUGUUCCUCUCAGUUUUCUUGGGGGAAGGCUUUAUAUUUUGUAUGUGUAUAUAAAGCAAUUCAAAAUCUAUAGUUUUGUACAUGUAAUUUUUAUGGUGUGUGGGUAUUUUCUAAUAAAAUGAAACAAAAUGAGUUACUCCUUCCA